GGAGGGGAGCCUCCGGACGCACGGCGGAGACGCAGCAGCAGCAACCCAGGGGAGGUCGGAUUGCAGUUCCCGGGGACGAGCGCCAAGGGCAGUGCGGCAGUCAGCAGGCAGACCGGGGGGAGGAGGCUGCGGAGAUCUGUGAUACUUCCCCCCCAGGCCCCACUGCGCUCUCACCUCCAUAUCAUCCUGAGCACAUCAUGCUGGACGCUUUUAUGUUAGAUGAGUGCUGACUGUGAUACUCCCCAUCAUUUCUCUACACCCUUUUCCCAACUAAUGAUGUGCAAUUAAAAGAUCUGCUCUCCAGGCAAGGGUGGACCCCGGUGGGGACUGAUGUGCAUACUGGCCAGGUAUCAUCUGCUCCCUUCUUCUCUGGUUUUGCUCAUUUUGCUUGUCGCCUGCAGUAUGGGCUGUAUUCAGAGCAUCGCAUGCAAGCCCCGCAUCAGACGGGAGAACAUUGUGGUGUACGAGGUUUCAGCCUCCAUCGACCAGUGUCCCACCAUCAUCGAGGAGAACUCACCGAUUGUGCUCCGCUACAAGACGCCUUACUUCAGGGCCUCGGCAGGGGUUGUGAUGCCUCCAGUGCCCCGCAAUGAGACCUGGGUGGUGGGCUGGAUCCAGGCUUGUACCCAGAUGGAGUUCUACAACACCUAUGGGGAUAUUGGCAUGUCCAGCUGGGAGCUACCAGAGCUGCGAGAGGGUCGGGUGAAGGCCAUCAGCGACUCUGACGGUGUCAGCUACCCCUGGUACGGUAACACCACCGAGACAGUCACCCUGACCGGACCCACGUCCAAACCGUCCCGCCUGACGGUCAGCAUGAACGACAACUUCUACCCCAGUGUGACCUGGGCGGUGCCCAUCAGCAACAGCAACACGCCCAUGCUGACCCACAUCACCAGGGACCAGAGCUUCAUCACCUGGCUGGUGGCCAUGAACUCCGUCACCAAGCAGCGCAUUGUACUACAGUGA